AGCCGGCGGAGCUCUCCUUCACCUUUCUGUUAAAACGCGGGGUCCAUGGUCGCAUUCUGAAUAUCUCCAGAUUGUAUCUGGCACUAUGGUCUCUUCCGGAUCCCUUGUUAGGUUGAUCCCUCCAUCACGUCGGAGAUCUUCAGCUGUGCUCAUUCCAUUCUUCGUUAUCCUUGUUCUGCUCUGGUUAUCGGUUCAGUGGAGCAAUACAACGAGCCAACCUGUUGCACGCGAAGCUGUCAUAGACCCUUUGGACGCGAUCAAAAAUGAUACCUUGGGGUUUGAAAAGAUUUUUGUGAUUGAUUCCCCUCAACGUCCUGACAGACGCGAUGCGAUUGUUCUUGGCUCGUCGGCCACAGGCUUCCAUGUCGACUUCAUUGACGAGAUAGUUUACAACGAAGAUAACAUCAAGGAAAAAGGGCCGACGGACCGUGAUGAGAUUGCUGCUUUCCGAUCGCACAUAAAUGUCGUGCAGAGGAUUGUCGCAGAUAGACAUGAAAGUGCACUGAUAUUCGAAGACGAUGUUGAUUGGGAUGCCAAUUUGAAGACGCAACUCAGGGGAUUUGCACAAGGUGCUCUGAAAAUCCAAAAUGGCAAUGCUUCAUAUUCACCAUAUGGAGAUAGCUGGGACCUUCUCUGGCUCGGUCAUUGCGGUGUGAAAUGCAACGCCUCGUCCCCGGUCCAAGUCAUGCCUCAUGACAUAACGGCGAUUCCUCCUCAGUUCCUUCCACCAUAUUCGUAUGAUGCUCCCAACGGCGCCGGAAACCAUGUUAGAAUGACCUGCAAGAUGGAAGAAGCAGCAUGCAGCGGGGCCUACGCUAUCACCUAUAGGGCAUCACAAAAGAUCCUUGCUACUUUGACAUUGUCCACGGACAAGCGGGCUGUAAAGUUCGAAGGUCUACUCAGUCAGCUUUGUCGCAAUGGCUCGCUCGAGUGUUACUCCUCUUACCCAUCGUUGAUUGGAAGAUGGAACUGGACUAGCCGUGAUUCAGGUAAACCCGAUAGCACCCAGGACUCUGAUAGUCAUACAUCCCUUUCGAUGGGCGCCAUGUAUAGUACUUUGCAGAAUAUUGGCCGUAUAUUGGGCGGAGAAUCUCGCGUGCAAGCGACGGUCGAUAACGCUUUAGUGCCGGAACUUAACCCCGAUCUCUACGAGGUACCAUAUGCUGUACUUAAGUGGGCGGACAAAAAGGGGGGACAUGAGAAGCAUAUCUGAUGUACCUAGAUAAUUAAUGUUAAAUGGAUUUACC